AUGCCGGGAUCUCACAACGACAUCAAUGUACUUGAACGAUCUCCGGUGUUCAGGAGGCUUUGCAACGGGGAAUCGCCACCGGACAAGUACACUGUCAACAACCCUGAGUACAACAUGAGAUACUAUCUUGCCGACGAUAUCUAUCCUCAGUGGGAGAAUAUCCUCCCUCCCGAGGCGGCCACCCCUGCAUCUGCUGGCAGAAUAUCCCCCCUCUCCCUCCCGAGGCGCUCCCGCGAGCGCCGUCGGGAGGCAACCCUCGCGCCUCCCGUCCGGCCCUCUGCCCCGUCUCCCCCUCCCUCGCCGUCGCCGGCGGCCGAAGGCCGCGUGGCCGAGGCGACGGCGGGGCGGUUUGUCCCUGCGCGCGGAUGGAUGGCGUCGCAGGCCGCCUCCCUCCUGCCCGUGACGUCGGGUCCCAGCCGGCUCUUGCUCUGGCGCUCUGCCCCGCGCCCUUGUGGCCCGCCGGCGACUCCUCCCCUCCCCCUGCGGCUCGUGGGAUCUGGUGGGCACGGUCGUGCUGGCGGCGGAUCUGGGCAUCCCGCCCCAGAUCCGGUGGAUGUGCGGGUCAUCGAUGGCGGGGGUGGCCGGCGACCCCGUGGAGGUGGUGGUGUGUCGGCCGGUGUCCGCACUGCUCCGGUGCGGGGUGGCGGGGCGUCGGGUGGUGCUGACCAGGGCGUGCAGAGGCGCAGGUGA